AUGCCGUUUAGCAAGGCCUGGCGCAACGCGGUGUACCCCGACUUCCGAGACCAGGGCGCGUACAUCAACUACAAGGCCAACAAGGACAUCCUGCAUCGCAUGAAGGAGGACAUCGCAAACCCGGCCACCCCCGAUGAACUGUACAACGCGCUGCUGGAGCAGAAGUGCCGCGUGUAUAAGUGGUGCGAAGGUAAGAUCAAGGAGCUCCUGACGGUCGCGGAGGCCCUCAUGGCCGCCUCCGACUACCUCUCCGAGGAGGAAACCGCCACCAACCUAAGCCUUGUGCUCAAUACACUGGGCAGUGGAAGUAUGAAGUGCCUGCCCCCCACUGAGGCGCGACUUGUGGCAGACGCCAUCUCUCACGAGCUUCUGCGCUUUGUGGAGUGCUGCAACCUAAACACGGACACCAUUGAGCACAUUAUUGGCCGCAUGUACCGCUACGCCGUACUUGGGCCCACCGGGGAUCGCUGGAACAACAUCAAGACAUUGUACGACUAUCAUGAGCUGUCUAUUGAUGAGAUUUUCUACCUGCUUUCAAAGGUGUACGAUCGUGUGACGGUGGCAGAAAACGUGCGCAUCGGAAAACGUUCCGGGAUUCCAGAAGGCACAGUUGGCUCGCAGGUCUUUGACCGUCGCUCGGUGAAGUACUGGGUGCAUCUGCAGGACCUCCCCUUCGUCAUUGCCCGCAUUAUUCCCCACCUACCCCACAGCACCUUUAAGGACACCUACAAUAUUUGCAGAGAGCGUAAUAUUCCCUUCACGCUAGGCUCCCCCGUCAGCAGCGUGUACUGGGACAACUACGAGUUCCUGCUGUACCACCGAAGGCUUGAAAGACUGGAAGGGGCAACCCUGAUCCGCAUGCGCUGGUACGGUGACCCGUUGGACCCGGACUGGAACAAGCUCACCCCCGCGGAUAGUGUAUUUAUGGAGAUUAAAGUGCACCACGAGGCCUGGAGCGGUGAGCGGAGUAAUAAGCGACGGUUUGCACUCAAGGAGAAGGACGUGGACUCCUACGUGCACGGGGACUUGGAUCUUAACCCGGCGCUACAAAAGCUGCGUGGCAAGCACGCCUCUGAAAGGGAAAUACACAAUUUCAUGGACCUCUCCACAGAGAUUGUUUCAAAGAUUGACGCCUACGAGCUCAAACCUGUGAUUCGCACGCAGUGUUGUCGAGCGGCCUUUCAGCGCGGAAUCGACCAAUCGAUUCGUGUCAGCAUCGACACAGACCUGCGCAUGUCCGCGGAGGACUUUGGGUUGGGGCACCACUGGCGGUACAGCGGCAUGGACGCGCCUGUGUCGCACUUUCCCUACGCGGUGGUGGAGAUUAAACUGCAGUGCGCUGAAAACGAGCGUAUCGCGCCCUGGAUCGAGGAGCUGAUGAGCUGCAGGUACAUGGAGAGUGUGCCAAAAUUUAGCAAGUAUGCACACGGCAUUGCAUCCUUGUACGGCCACACCCCCUUCAUCAAGAUGGUGCCGUAUUGGAUGCAUCAGCUGGACAUCGACAUCCGCGCCUCCACGAAGCCGGAGCAGAACCAGUGGGACCCCACCCUCGGCCUCGCCUCCGGCUGCUGGGAGCGCACGAUGGAUCGCGCCAUCUUUGGCGUUGGGAGCGCGCAGACGCAAACGGUGGGGGCCUCCGAGGCGCGGUUUCUUCCACGCACCGACUAUACCCGUAUCUACCAAAAGGUGUUGUGCGGCCUCCGCGGCGAGGGCGCUGCUCCGCCUGCGGUUGCUGAAAACGACAUCGCCGCCGCUGUCGCUGCCGAGGGAGGGCGCACCGCGGGGAAUAGUGGAAGCCGUCAAUUACAACUGCAGCCGCCGUUGCCUGCGCACACGCUUCAGUACGAUGUGGAUAGACGGCACAAAGCCUACACCGCGUUUCACCUCUACCCCUACGCCGAGCACGGCGUGGAGUCGCUGUGUUUCUCCCCAGCGCUUGAAAAGAAUGCCGCGGCGGAGGUCUCCUAUGGCCGCAUCCCGUGGCAGACAGGCAAGCGGAUUCGCGUACCACAGAAAUACGACCCCAAGACACUGCUCACCUCGGAGCGGUACAUGGUGAAGUGGGCGGAGCAUGCUACACGCCUGGGUCUGGUGGGGUUGGCUGUGAUUCAAUUUGGCAAUAGCAUGGCGCUUCCCGGCGACGUUUCACACCUGAGUUCGUUUUGGCGGGCGCACUUUCACAUUGUUUUGGGCACCUCGCUGGUCGCGGUCGCCUUGUUUACUUUGGCGUACGCGUAUGUAACGUUUAAGGCGCGGGCGCGGCGCGUGUACGCGCGAAAGAAGAUUCGCUACGACGACAAGUUAGGGCCGAGUGUGCUGACGCUGCUUUUGGCCUUCGGAAUCUGCGUCACGGCGAUGAUGCACAUCAUGGCACGCUACGGCCCCAUGCUAACCGGCAACGACGACUUUUGA